GCUCAGACCCAACUGAAUAGUCAAGUGAAUGCACCAAAAUGUUCCUCACAAAAGCAAUUAGUGUGUUCCUUUCGGCAGUGGUUGCCAUCACCUCUGCUGCGGACUAUUGUGCUUUACCCACCUGUCUGGAUAAGCACAUCGCCUGCAAUAACAAAGGAAACUUUAGCGAAAACUGCCCAAAGGAUUCCCGUGUGGUAAAGAUGGAACCCCAUCACAAGCUGAUCCUCACCCUCUUCAACGAACUCCGAAACAAAGUGGCCGGGGGUCAAAUAGAGGGCUUACCCAAAGCUGUUCGCAUGGCCAAGAUGUCCUGGUGCGAGGAGCUCGCUCAUCUUGCUGUACUCAACGUGAAGACCUGUGAGUCCUUGCCGGAUAAGUGCCGCAGCACCGAGCGAUUCGCUUAUGCUGGUCAAAACAACGCCAUCUUCAGCUACAGUGGAGCAGAGUCCGAGUACACAGAUGCGGAGAUCGUUAAGGAGCAGAUCGAAAAUUGGUUCGCCGAACGCUCCAAUGCCUCUCCCGAUAUCCUGGCCAACUUUCCCGAAGAGUUGCCCAACAAAAAUGUGGCCAAGUUCACAAUUGCGGUGGCUGAGAAGAACACUCAUGUGGGAUGUGCCGCAGUGCGCUUCUCAAAGGAUUAUUACAACCAUUUCGUGCUGACCUGCAACUUCGCCACCUCCAACAUUGUGGGUCAACCCGUGUACAACCCAGGCGAGAAGUCGACUUCCGGAUGCAAGAACCGCUACGGCGCCGCUUUCGACUACCCAAACCUGUGCUACGCCAAGGAGAUCUACGACAAUGAGAAGGUCAUUAACACCUCUGCUUCUUAGUCUUCUUAACUAAACCCCAAAUGGGAACCUACACUUUAUAAGAGUGUCACCAGCUGAGUGGGCAAAUAAAUAGCUAAAAGAGCAAAGACUUA